UAUUGCAGAACAAAUAAGUACAUGCAUGAACGUUCGUAUCUAUAAUAAGAUACAUUAAUAAUAUAAAGUAGAAUAAACACAUGGUUUUACGCACAUAAAUAGAAGGAAAGGACAGUAUUAAAACCAAAACAUUUCUUUAAAUAAACUCUCAUAAAGCACCAGGAAUAUUGUACGUCUAUUCACCUGUGUAUUAAUAUUAAUAUGCGCCAGGAGUGACGUCAGAGAUGAAACCCCAAUGCGGUUCAACUGGAAGCGCGCGCGCGCGCCCUCACUCACACACACACACACACACACACUCGGAGCGCGCGCUAGAGUGGCGGUGUGCGGCGCGUCUCAUGGCUGCUGUGGACUGACGGAGCUCAUCAUGGCUGAAGGCGGAGACGCGGAGGAUGAGAUUCAGUUCCUGCGCACGGAUGAUGAGGUGGUUCUGCAGUGUGUGGCCUGCAUUCAGAAGGAAAACCGCAAGUUCUGUCUGAGCGCCGAGGGUUUGGGGAACCGCCUGUGUUACCUGGAGCCCACGUCAGAGGCCAAGUAUGUUCCUCCAGAUCUGUGCAUCUGCAGCUUCGUGCUGGAGCAGUCGCUCUCUGUGCGCGCCCUGCAGGAAAUGCUCGCCAAAACUGGACAAAACAAUGACCAGUUCAUCAGGAAGGCGGCUCAGGGCGGAGGACACCGGACCUUGCUGUACGGUCACGCUAUUCUCCUCAGACACUCCUUCAGCGGGAUGUAUCUGACCUGUCUGAAGACGUCUCGGUCUAUGACGGAUAAACUCUCGUUUGACGUGGGACUUCAGGAAGACUCAACAGGUGAGGCCUGUUGGUGGACGAUCCAUCCCGCGUCCAAACAGAGAUCCGAGGGGGAGAAAGUGCGAAUCGGAGAUGAUCUCAUUCUCGUCAGCGUUUCGUCGGAGCGAUAUUUACAUCUGUCCAUAUCCAAUGGCAACAUCCAGGUGGACGCGUCCUUCAUGCAGACGCUGUGGAACGUCCAUCCCACCUGCUCCGGGAGCAACGUGGAGGAAGGAUACCUUCUUGGUGGUCAUGUGAUGCGUCUUUUUCACGGACACGAUGAGGUUCUGACGAUCCCAGGCUCGGAUCAGAGUGAGGAAGAGCAGAGAGUGGUGAACUAUGAGACGGGUAAAGCCGGAGCAAAAGCCCGAUCUCUCUGGAGGCUGGAGCCGUUACGGAUCAGCUGGUGCGGCAGCCACAUCCGCUGGGGUCAGCCGUUCCGCCUGCGUCACCUGACCACCGGUCACUAUCUGGCGCUGACGGAGGACCGAGGCGUCGUGCUGCAGGACAGAGAGAGAUCGGACACCACGGCCACCGCCUUCUGCUUCAGAUCCUCUAAGGAUAAGCUGGAGUGCAGUCCGAAGCGGGACAUCGAGGGCAUGGGCGUGGCGGAGAUCAAGUACGGAGACUCCCUGUGUUUCGUGAUGCACGUGGCGACGGGACUGUGGCUGUCCUAUCAGGCGCCUGACGUCAAAUCAGCUCGACUGGGGCCGCUCAAGAGACGGGCGUGUCUUCAUUCAGAAGGACACAUGGAUGACGGUCUGACGCUGCAGCGCUGUCAACACGAGGAGUCGCGCGCCGCUCGAAUCAUCCGCAACACCACGCGUCUCUUCAGCUGCUUCAUCAGAGAGCUGGACGGUCUGAGCAUCAAGAACCGCGUGUCAGUGGCUCUGCCCAUCGAGGAGGUUCUCCAGACGCUCAACGAUCUCAUCACCUACUUCAGACUGCCCGACGCCGAGCUGGAGCACGAGAAGAAACAGAUCAAACUGCGUUCCCUGAAGAACCGACAGAACCUCUUCAAACAGGAGGGGAUGCUGUCUCUGGUGUCCAACUGCAUCGACCGCUUGAGCGUUUAUAACAGCGCGGCUCAUUUCGGCGAGUGUGCGGGAGAAGAGGCCGGAGCCGCCUGGAAAGACAUCCUCAACCUGCUCUACGAGCUGCUGGCCGCUCUCAUCCGAGGGAACCGGAAUAACUGUACGCAGUUCUCACAUAACCUGGACUGGCUGGUCAGUAAGCUGGAGCGCUUGGAGUCGUCUUCAGGGAUCUUGGAGGUUCUUCACUGUAUCCUGAUUGAAAGUCCAGAAGCUCUGAACAUCAUCCAGAGAGGACACAUAAAGACCAUCAUCUCUCUGCUGUACAAACACGGACGCAACCACAAGAUCCUGGACGUCCUCUGCUCUCUGUGUGUGUGUAACGGAGUCGCUGUCAGAGCCAAUCAGAACCUGAUCUGUGAUCACCUGCUGCCCAGACGAGACCUGCUCCUGCAGACGCGAUUGGUCAAUGACGUCCAAAGCAUGAGGCCCAAUAUCUUCGUGGGAGUCAGUGAAGGCUCCGCCCAGUACAGGAAGUGGUAUUUUGAGCUGAUGAUUGAUCAGGUGGAUCACUUCCUGACGGGCGAACCGUCGCACCUGCGGGUGGGCUGGGCGUCCACUAAAGGUUACGCUCCCUACCCGGGCGGCGGAGAGGGCUGGGGCGGGAACGGCGUCGGGGACGAUCUCUACUCCUACGGCUUCGACGGACUCCAUCUGUGGUCGGGUACGGAAGCCCUGCAGCACCGACGCAUCCCGAGGACCGUGGCGUCUGUGAACCAGCACAUGUUGACGUCGGAUGACGUGGUCAGCUGUUGUAUGGAUCUGAACGCUCCCAGCAUCUCCUUCAGGAUCAACGGGCAGCCGGUGCAGGGCAUGUUCGAGAACUUCAACAUCGACGGGCUGUUCUUCCCCGUGGUCAGCUUCUCCGCCGGCGUCAAGGUGCGCUUCCUGUUAGGCGGUCGUCAUGGAGACUUCAAGUUCCUGCCUCCGUCGGGUUACGCGCCGUGUUACGAGGCUCUGCUGCCGAAAGAGAAGAUGAGGGUCGAGCCGGUGAAAGAGUACAAGAGAGACGCUGACGGAGUGAGAGAUCUACUGGGAAACACACACCUGAUGUCACAGACUUCCUUCAUUCCCAAACCUGUGGACACAACUCAGGUGGUGAUGCCUCCUCAUCUGGAGAAGGUUCGGGAUCGUCUGGCGGAGAACAUCCAUGAGCUCUGGGGAAUGAACAAGAUCGAGCUGGGCUGGUCCUACGGGAAGAGGAUCAGAGACGAUAACAAGCGUCAGCAUCCGUGUCUCGUGGAUUUCUCCAAACUGCCAGAAACCGAGAGGAACUACAACUUACAGAUGUCCACAGAAACACUGAAGACUCUUCUGGCUCUGGGUUGUCAUGUGGUCCAGGUGAAAGUCAACGCCGAAGAGGAGCUGAAAAAACUCAAACUCCCAAAGAACUACAUGAUGUCUAACGGCUAUAAGCCCACACCGCUGGACCUGACUGACGUCAAACUGAGCGCCGGUCAGGAGCUGCUGGUGGAUAAACUGGCGGAAAACGCUCACAACGUCUGGGCCAAAGACCGCAUCAAACAGGGCUGGACCUACGGCAUACAGCAGGAUGUGAAGAGCAAGCGUAACCCUCGUCUGGUGCCGUAUGCUUUGCUCGAUGAGCGCACUAAGAAGUCUAACCGCGACAGCCUGCGGGAAGCCAUACGCACGCUGAUCGGAUACGGCUACAACGUCGAGCCGCCCGACCAAGACGGGGGUCAUGUGGUGGAGAGGUUGAGUAUCGAUAAGAUCCGCUUCUUCCGUGUGGAGCGCACGUACGCGGUGAAGACGGGGAAGUGGUAUUUCGAGUUUGAGGCGGUGACGGGCGGAGACAUGCGGGUGGGCUGGGCUCGACCCGGCUGCAAACCCGACGUGGAGCUGGGAACGGAUGACCAGGCGUACGUCUUCGAUGGCCAUCGGGGUCACCGGCUCCACAUGGGCAGCCGUCUCUUCGGCCGCUGCUGGCACUCGGGGGACGUUGUGGGCUGUAUGAUCAACCUGGAGGACAAAUCCAUGAUCUUCACCCUGAACGGAGAAAUCCUGAUCACCAACAAGGGCUCUGAGCUGUGUUUCGCUGACUUUGACAUUGAUGACGGCUUCAUCCCCGUCUGUAGUUUGAGUCUUUCUCAGGUGGGCCGCAUGAAUCUUGGGAAGGACGCCAGCACGUUUAAGUACUACACCAUGUGUGGUCUGCAGGAGGGCUUCGAGCCGUACGCCGUCAACAUGAACCGCGAGGUCACCAUGUGGUUCAGCAAACGGCUGCCCACCUUCUUCAACGUGCCAAAGGACCAUCAUCACAUCGCGGUCACCAGAAUCGACGGCACCGUUGACAGCCCGCCCUGCCUGAAAGUCAGCCAUAAGACGUUUGGGACUCAGAACAGCAACGCUGACAUGGUGUUCUGCAGACUGAGCAUGCCUGUGGAGUUUCACUCCGUCUUCAAGAGCGGCGCGUACGUCCAUGUGAACGGCCUGUACGAGGAAGAACCGCUCAAGAUCAAACACAGGUAUCCGGUGAAGUCCAUGAAACACUCGGAUGAAGGCAGAAGAACGGACUAUAGCAGCAUAACCACAUACUAUCAUUCGGUCAGAAUAUUCGCGGGUCAGGACCCGUCCUGUGUGUGGGUUGGAUGGGUCACUCCUGACUACCAUUACUACAGCACCAACUUCAGCCUCAGCAAGAACCGCACGGUGACCGUGACCCUCGGAGACGAGCGGGGUCGUGUGCACGAGAGCGUGAAGAGGAGUAACUGUUACAUGGUUUGGGGUGGAGACGUCACCAGUGCCGCCCACUCGUCCAGCCGGAGUAACGUGGAUUUAGAGAUCGGAUGCCUCAUUGAUUUGGCGACGGGUCUGUUAGCUUUCACAGUCAACGGCAAAGAGAUUCCGACCUCGUACCAGGUGGAGCCCAGCACAAAACUCUUUCCUGCUGUGUUUGUGCGGCCAACAAGCUCAAAUCUGUUCCAGUUUGAACUGGCCAAAAUCAAGAACGCCAUGCCCAUCUCAUCAGCCAUCUUUAAGAGCGAACACAAGAACCCCGUCCCUCAGUGUCCGCCGCGGUUAGACGUCCAGACUAUUAACUCUGUGCUGUGGAGCCGAAUGCCCAACACCUUCCUGAAGGUGGAGACGGCCCGUGUCAGCGAGAGGCAGGGAUGGAUGGUCCAGUGUCUGGAACCCCUGCAGAUGCUGGCCGUACACAUCCCAGAGGAGAACCGGUGUGUGGAUAUCAUGGAGCUGUCGGAGCAGGAAGAGCUGCGUAUGUUCCACUAUCACACGCUCAAGCUGUACUGCGCUCUGUGCGCUCACGGGAACACGCGUGUGGCUCACGCGCUCUGCAGCCACCUCGACCAAUCGCAGCUGCUCUACACCAUCGACAACCAGUACCUGUCGGGCGUGCUGCGCGAGGGCUUCUACAGCGUCCUCAUCAGCGUGCACCUGGAGACGGCCAGAGCCGCCCGCCUCAUGAUGAGCAACGAGUUCAUCAUUCCCGUCACGGCCGAGACGCGCGGCAUCCGCCUCUUUCCCGACGCCUCCAAACGCCACCAGCCUCCGGGCGUCAGGCUCAGCGCGUCCCUCAAACCCAGGCUCAACUUCGCGCCGCCGUGCUUCAUCAGCACCAAGCGCGAGCAGCACCUGUACAGCCCGGAGAUCCCGCUGGACGUGCUGAAGGAAAAGGCCAUCAUCAUGCUGACGGAGGCGGUCCAGGGCGGAGGAGACCACAUCAGAGAUCCGGUGGGCGGGAGUGUGGAGUAUCAGUUCGUGCCUAUCCUGCGGCUCAUCGGCACGCUGCUGACCAUGGGCGUCCUGAGCAGCCAAGACGUGCACAAGAUCCUGCUGCUCAUCGAGCCCGACGUGUUUGGAGAACGCAAGGAGGACGGGCUGAAGGAAGGACUGACGGGAGCCGAGGAGAAGGCGGUGGAGGCCGGAGAGGAAGAGGCGCGAGACGGGAAAGCGCUCGUGAAGGGACUGCUGGAGAAGAAGCUGCCCGAGUCUGUCAAACGACAGAUGUGUGAACUCCUGCACUACUUCUGUGACUGUGAGCUGAGGCAUCGCAUCGAGGCCAUCGUCUCUUUCUCCGACAGCUUCGUCUCCAAGCUGCAGUUCAACCAGAAGUUCCGCUAUAAUGAGCUGAUGCUCGCGCUCAACAUGUCCGCCGCCGUCACCGCCAAAAAGACCAAAGAGUUUCGCUCUCCGCCGCAGGAACAGAUUAACAUGCUGUUGAACUUCAAUAUGGGUGAAGACUGUCCCUGCCCGGAGGACAUCCAGGAGGAGCUGUACGACUUCCACGGCGAGCUGCGGCUGCACUGCGGGAUUCCAGUGGAGGAGGAUGAGGAGGAUCAGGACACGUCGAUUAAAGGUCGCCUGCUCGCUCUGAUCUAUAAGAUCAAAGGUCAACCGCAGAAAUCUGAAGCUGAACCCACAGAGAAAGAACAAACUGCUCCCUCGAACCUGAAGGAGCUGAUCUCUCAGACGAUGGUGAGCUGGGCUCAGGAGACGCACAUCCAGGACCCGGAGCUGGUGCGCGUGAUGUUCAGCCUGCUGCGGCGGCAGUACGACAGCAUCGGCGAGCUGCUCCGCGCCAUGAGGAAGACCUACACCAUCAGCGCCGCCUCCGUCCACGACACCAUCCACCUGCUGGCGUCUCUGGGGCAGAUCCGGUCGCUGCUCAGCGUCCGCAUGGGCAAAGAGGAGGAGCAGCUGAUGAUUGACGGCCUGGGAGACAUCAUGAAUAAUAAGGUGUUCUACCAGCAUCCCAACCUGAUGAGGGUUCUGGGGAUGCACGAGACCGUCAUGGAGGUGAUGGUGAACGUCCUGGGAGGAGGAAAGUCUCAGGAGAUCGCGUUUCCCAAGAUGGUGGCGAGCUGCUGUCGCUUCCUGUGUUACUUCUGUCGCAUCAGCCGUCAGAACCAGAAGGCCAUGUUUGAUCACCUGAGCUACCUGCUGGAGAACAGCAGCGUGGGAUUGGCGUCUCCGUCCAUGAGAGGAUCCACUCCUCUAGAUGUGGCGGCUUCAUCAGUGAUGGACAACAACGGCCUGGCGCUCGCGCUGGAGGAGCCCGACCUGGACAAGGUCGUGACGUAUCUGGCCGGCUGCGGUCUGCAGAGCUGUCCGAUGCUCUUGGCCAAAGGAUAUCCAGACAUCGGCUGGAACCCUAUUGAGGGCGAGCGUUACCUGUCCUUCCUGCGAUUCGCAGUGUUUGUCAACGGUGAGAGUGUGGAGGAAAACUCCAGCGUUGUGGUGAAGCUCCUGAUUCGUCGGCCGGAGUGUUUCGGCCCCGCCCUGCGAGGAGAGGGAGGAAACGGGCUGCUGGCGGCCAUGAAGGAGGCCAUCAAGAUCUCGGAGAACCCGGCGCUGGAUCUGCCCAGCACAGGCCCGGCUCACGCUUCAGACGUCUCCACUGACGGCGAUGAGGAAGAGGAGGUUCUCCACAUGGGAAACGCUAUUCUGUCGUUCUACUCGGCUCUGAUCGAUCUGCUGGGCCGCUGCGCUCCAGAGAUGCACCUGAUCAAUAAGGGUAAAGGUGAAGCUCUGAGGAUCCGUGCCAUCCUGCGCUCUCUCGUUCCCACCGAGGACCUGGUCGGCAUCAUCAGCAUCCCUCUCAAAAUGCCCGUGGUCAAUAAAGACGGCAGCGUCACGGAGCCGGACGUGUCGGCCAGCUUCUGUCCGGACCACAAGGCCCCCAUGGUGCUGUUUCUGGAUCGCGUCUACGGCAUCGAGGACCAGAGCUUCCUCCUGCAUCUGUUAGAGGUGGGGUUCCUGCCGGACCUGAGAGCCGCCGCCUCGCUGGACACGGAGGCUUUGCGGACCACUGAAACGGCUCUGGCCAUGAACAGGUACAUCGGUUCGGCCAUGUUGCCUCUGCUCAGCCGCUGCGCUCCGCACUUCUCCGGCACGGAGCAUCACGCCGCGCUCAUCGACUCCACGCUCUACACCAUCUACCGCCUGUCCAAGGGCUGCUCACUCACCAAAGCCCAGCGGGACGCCAUUGAGGAGUGCUUACUGGCCGUCUGCAAGUACCUCAGACCCUCCAUGCUGCAGCAUCUUCUGCGCCGGCUGGUGUUUGACGUGCCGUUGCUGUCUGAAUACUGUAAGAUGCCUCUGAAGCUGCUGACGAAUCAUUACGAGCAGAACUGGAAGUAUUACUGCCUGCCGUCCGGAUGGGGCAGUUACGGUCUGGCGUCUGAAGAGGAGCUUCUGCUCACCAAGAAGAUCUUCUGGGGAAUCUUUGACUCUCUGUCUCAGAAGAAGUACGAACAGGAUUUGUUUAAGAUGGCCAUGCCGUGUCUGAGCGCCAUCGCCGGAGCUCUUCCACCUGACUACAUCGACUCGACGCUCAGCACCACAAUGGAGAAGCAGGUGUCUGUGGACACGCAGGGAAACUUCGACCCCAGACCCAUAAACACAGCCAACAUCUGCCUCCCGGAGAAGCUUGAGUUCAUCGCAAACAAAUACGCAGAACAUUCCCAUGAGAAAUGGGCUGCUGAGAAGGUGCUUCUGGGCUGGAAACACGGAGAAACUGUUGAUGAAAAAGCAAAAACUCACCCAAUGCUGAGAUCCUACAAAUCGCUCACAGAGAAGGAGAAGGAGGUUUACCGCUGGACGGUGCGCGAGUCCCUGAAGAGCAUGUUAGCGAUGGGCUGGAGCAUCGACCGGACCAAAGAAGGAGAAACCAUGUUUCAGCAGAGAGAGAUGCGGCGGAUCUCACAGGCCUCUCAGGGUAAUGGCUUCAAUCCAAAUCCACUGGACAUGAGCAGCGUCCAGCUGUCCAGAGAACUGCAGUCGAUGGUUGAGGUGGUGGCUGAAAACUAUCACAACAUCUGGGCCAAGAAGAAGAAGAGUGAUCUGGGAACCAGAGGUGCAGGAGGAACGCAUCCGCUGCUGGUGCCGUACGACACGCUCACGGCCAAAGAAAAAGCCAAGGACCGAGACAGAGCGCAAGAUCUCUUCCGCUUCCUCCAGAUCAACGGAUACUCCAUCAGCAGGGGUCUGAAGGACAUGGAGCAGGACUCCUCCUCCAUGGAGAAACGCUUCGCAUACAAGUUUCUGAAGAAGCUGCUGAAAUACGUGGACUCCGCGCAGGAGUUCAUCGCUCACCUCGAGGCGAUGGCGGCCAGUGGAAAGAACGACAGGUCACCACAUGAACAGGAGAUCAAGUUCUUUGCUAAGGUGCUCCUCCCCCUCAUAGACCAGUACUUUAAAAAUCACUCGCUCUACUUCCUGUCGUCACCCACUAAGAAUCUGAGCAGCAGCGGAUAUGCGUCGAACAAGGAGAAAGAGAUGGUCACCAGUCUGUUCUGUAAGCUGGCCGCUCUGGUUAGACACAGGAUCUCUCUGUUUGGAAGUGACUCCACCACUAUGGUCAGCUGUCUGCACAUCCUCGCACACACACUGGACACCAGGACCGUGAUGAAGUCCGGAUCCGAGCUGGUCAAAGCCGGUUUGAGGACGUUCUUUGAGAACGCAGCUGAGGAUCUGGAGAAGACCUUGGAGAACCUGAAGCUGGGCAAGUUCACUCACUCACGCAGCCAGAUGAAGGGCGUCUCGCAGAACAUCAACUACACGACCGUGGCUCUGCUGCCCAUCCUGACCGCGCUGUUCGAACACAUCACUGAACAUCAGUUCGGCUGCGACCUGCUGCUGGAUGAUGUGCAGGUGUCGUGUUAUCGGAUCCUGACCAGUUUAUAUGCUCUGGGGACUGGAAAAAACAUCUAUGUGGAGCGGCAGCUCCCGGCGCUGGGCGAAUGUUUGGCGACUCUAGCGGGUGCGAUGCCCGUUGCCUUCCUCGAGCCGCAGCUCAACAAACACAACCCCUGCUCUGUGUUCAACACAAAGACGUCUCGUGAACGAGCCAUUGUAGGGAUGCCGGAGAGCGUGGAGGACGUGUGUCCUGAGAUGCCUCGUCUGGACGCUCUGAUGAAAGACAUUAAUGACAUGUCUGAGUCUGGCGCUCGAUACACAGAGAUGCCGCACGUCAUCGAGGUGGUGCUGCCCAUGCUGUGCAACUACCUGUCCUACUGGUGGGAGCGAGGCCCGGAGAACCGGCCCAUGGGCGUCUGCAGCACCACCGUCACCUCCGAACACCUGAGCCUCGUCCUGGGAAACAUCCUGAAGAUCCUCAACAGCAACCUGGGCAUCGACGAGGCCUCUUGGAUGAAGCGCAUUGCCGUGUACGCUCAGCCCAUCAUCAGUAAGGCGCGGGCCGACCUGCUGAAGACUCACUUCCUGCCCACGCUGGAGAAGCUGAAGAAGAAGACGGUGAAGGUGGUGUCGGAGGAGGAGCUUCUGAAGGCCGACAGCAAGGCCGACACCCAGGAGGCGGAGCUUCUGAUUCUGGAUGAGUUUGCGGUGCUGUGCCGAGACCUGUACGCCUUCUACCCCAUGCUCAUCCGCUACGUGGACAACAACAGGUCUCGCUGGCUGAAGGAACCCGAUGCCGACUCUAACGAGCUCUUCAGGAUGGUGGCAGAAAUCUUCAUCCUGUGGUGUAAAUCUCAUAACUUCAAGAGGGAGGAGCAGAACUUUGUUGUUCAGAACGAGAUCAAUAAUCUCUCCUUCCUCACCGGUGACAGUAAAACCAAGCUGGCCAAGUCAUUCCUACCCAAGUCCGGAGGUCAGGAUCAGGAACGGAAGCACAAAAAGCGUCGAGGGGACUUCUACUCCGUCCAGACGUCUCUGAUCGUGGCGGCGCUGAAGAAGAUGCUGCCCAUCGGACUGAACAUGUGCACACCGGGCGACCAGGAGCUCAUCCUGCUGGCCAAGACACGAUACGGCCUGAAGGACACAGAUGAGGAGGUGAAGGAGCACAUCAGACAGAACCUGCACCUGCAGGAGAAGUCGGAGGAUCCGGCCGUCCAGUGGCAGCUCAACCUUUAUAAGGACGUGAUGGUGAAGACGGAGGAAACGCCAGACCCGGAGAGAAGCAUCGAGCGAAUCCAGAGCAUCUCGGCCGCUGUUUUCCACCUGGAGCAGGUUGAACAGCCGUUACGCUCUAAGAAGUGUGUGUGGCAGAAGUUGUUGUCUAAGCAGCGGAAGCGAGCCGUGGUGGCGUGUUUCAGAAUGGCACCGCUGUACAACCUGCCCAGGCAUCGCUCCAUUAACCUGUUCCUCACGGGAUACCAGCGGCUCUGGAUAGAGGCAGAGAUGUACUCGUUUGAGGAGAAGCUAGUGCAGGAUCUGGCCAAGACGCAGCCGAAGUCUGAUGAAGAGGAGGAGGAGAUCACAGACGCUCAGCCCGACCCUCUUCAUCAACUCAUCCUGCACUUCAGUCACAACGCUCUGACAGAACGCAGCUCUCUAGAGGAGGAUCAGCUGUACAUUGCAUACGCAGACAUGAUGGCGAAGAGCUGUGCUGAAAACGAGGAAGAGGAUGAAGAAGGAAAAGAGAAAACAUUUGAGGAGAAGGAGAUGGAGAAGCAGAAGACUCUGUACCAGCAGGCCAGACUCCACGACCGAGGAGCAGCAGAGAUGGUGUUACAGAUGAUCAGCGCUAGUAAAGGGCGUUUGGAUCCCAUGGUCACGUUCACGCUGAAGCUUGGCAUCUCCAUCCUCAACGGCGGGAACAUCGUGGUCCAGCAGAAAAUGUUGGACUAUCUGAAGGAGAAGAGAGACGUGGGAUUCUUCAAGAGUCUGUCGGGGCUGAUGCAGUCGUGCAGUGUUCUGGAUCUGAACGCGUUCGAGCGUCAGAAUAAAGCCGAAGGUUUGGGGAUGGUGACGGAGGAGGGCUCCAUCAACGUGAGGGAGCGCGGCUCUAAAGUUCUCCAGAACGACGAGUUCACCAAAGAUCUGUUCAGGUUCCUGCAGCUCCUGUGUGAAGGACACAACAACGACUUCCAGAACUUCCUGCGGACGCAGACGGGGAACACGACCACGGUGAACAUCAUCAUCAGCACGGUGGACUAUCUGCUGCGGCUGCAGGAGUCCAUCAGUGACUUUUACUGGUAUUACUCCGGUAAAGACAUCAUGGACGAGGCGGGUCAGCGGAACUUCUCCAAAGCGCUCGCCGUGGCCAAACAGAUCUUCAACUCGCUCACUGAAUACAUUCAGGGUCCGUGUAUCGGGAACCAGCAGGGAUUGGCUCACAGCAGACUGUGGGACGCCGUCGUGGGAUUCCUGCACGUGUUCGCCAACAUGCAGAUGAAGCUGUCGCAGGAUUCCAGUCAGAUUGAUCUGCUGAAGGAGCUGCUGGACCUGCAGAAGGACAUGAUCGUCAUGAUGCUGUCGCUGCUGGAAGGAAACGUUGUGAACGGGACCAUCGGCAAGCAGAUGGUGGACACUCUAGUGGAGUCCUCCAACAACGUGGAGAUGAUUCUCAAGUUCUUCGACAUGUUCCUCAAGCUGAAAGAUCUGACCACCUCAGAGAACUUCAAGGAGCAAGACCCCGACCGCAAAGGAUUCAUCUCCAAGAAGGAGUUUCAGAAGUCCAUGGAGAACCAGAAGCAGUACUCUCAGUCCGAGAUCGAGUUCCUGCUGUCCUGCGCCGAGGCCGACGAGAACGACAUGUUCAACUACGAAGAGUUCGUCAAGCGCUUCCACGAACCCGCCAAGGACAUCGGCUUCAACGUGGCGGUUCUUCUCACCAACCUGUCGGAGCACAUGCCUCACGAUUCCCGCCUCUCCGCCUUCCUGAACUUGGCCGAGAGCGUUCUCAACUACUUCGAGCCCUUCCUGGGCCGCAUCGAGAUCAUGGGCGGCGCCAAGAGAAUCGAGAGGGUUUACUUCGAGAUCAGCGAGUCCAGCCGAACGCAGUGGGAGAAACCACAGGUAAAAGAGUCCAAGCGCCAGUUCAUCUUCGACGUCGUCAACGAGGGUGGAGAAUCUGAGAAGAUGGAGCUGUUCGUCAACUUCUGCGAGGACACCAUCUUCGAGAUGCAGUUGGCGUCGCUGAUCUCCGAGCCGGAUGCCGCUGAGAGACAAGAGGAGGAAGAUGAUGACGAUGCUCAGAGCGUGGAGCUGGAGGAGGACGAGGAAGACGGCGCGCUGGAGUCUUCCUCAGCGUUCGCUCUGGCCUGCGUCUCCAUGAGGAAGAGCCUCUCCAACCUCCGUCAGCUGCUGACCUUCAGGAGCAUGAAGAGACAGUACCGUAAACUGAGGAAGAUGAGCUUCCGGGAGAUGAUUCGAGGAUUCUUCUUCUUCUUCUGGAUCAUCUUCACCGGGAUAUUCUGCUCUCUUUACAACCUGGUCUGGGGCUUUUUCCACAUCCUCUGGUCCACGUUGUUCGGCGGCGGCCUGGUGGAAGGAGCCAAGAACAUGAAAGUGACCGACAUUCUGGGAAACAUGCCCGAUCCCACGCAGUUCGGGAUCCACGGAGAUGUUCUUGAGAUGGAGAAGCUGGAGUACUGCGACAUGUCCUCGGUGGCCGAGCUCGGACGCAUGGCAGCGGGAGACCAGGCCGAGGUGGACCUCAUGACGGAGCUGAUGAACAUCCAGCCCAGGAGAGAAGGAGGGAAGCAUGGCAUGGAGCCGGGGCUGGGAGACGUGUCCGAGGUGGUCGGUGUGGACACUCCAUCUUUAGCCAGCGCCGUCCAUCAGAAGAAGGCUCAGGAAGCCGCUACUAAACAGACCGCCGAGUCUGAGAGCAAAUCCGAAUCGGAGAAGGCCGACGUCGAGGACGGAGAGAAGAAAGACCAGGAUAAGGGGAAGAAGGAGAAUAUGUCGGAAGAAGAGAAGAAGCCGCUGAAGAAGAGAUGCGGCCAGAGGAAGGAGCCGGCCGAAGCCUUCAUGGCGGCAUUCUUAGCGGGUCUCGACGUCUAUCAGACCAAAACCCUGAAUUAUCUGGCCAGAAACUUCUACAACCUGCGUUUCCUGGCUCUGUUUGUGGCGUUUGCCAUCAACUUCAUCCUGCUCUUCUACAAGGUGACCGGUGAGGAUUCGGAUGAUGUGGACCCGUGGACGCGGCGUGAGGAAGACGAGGAUGAAGGUGUGGUGGAGUAUUUUGUUCUUCAAGAGAGCAGCGGUUACAUGGCACCGACCCUCCGCUUCCUCGCCGUCAUGCACACCCUCAUCUCCUUCCUCUGUGUGCUGGGAUAUUACUAUCUGAAGGUGCCGCUGGUGGUGUUUAAGCGUGAGAAGGAGAUUGCGCGCAAGCUGGAGUUUGACGGGCUCUACAUCACUGAACAACCGUCUGAUGACGAUAUUAAGGGCCAAUGGGACCGACUCGUCAUCAACACCCCGUCUUUCCCCAACAACUACUGGGACAAAUUUGUCAAACGGAAGGUUAUAAACAAGUACGGAGAUCUUUACGGAGCCGAGCGCAUCGCUGAGCUGCUGGGAUUGGAUAAAAGCGCUUUGGACUUCAACCCGACAGAAGAGACAGUCAUGAAAGACGCCUCGCUGCUGUCCUGGUUGAGCUCCAUCGACACCAAGUAUCACGUGUGGAAGCUGGGCGUGGUCUUCACAGAUAACUCGUUCCUGUAUCUGGUCUGGUACACCACCAUGUCCAUCCUGGGACACUAUAAUAAUUUCUUCUUUGCCGCCCACCUGCUGGAUAUUGCCAUGGGAUUCAAGACCCUGCGGACCAUCCUGUCCUCCGUCACGCACAAUGGCAAACAGCUGGUGCUGACGGUCGGGCUGCUCGCUGUGGUCGUGUAUCUCUACACCGUCGUGGCGUUCAACUUUUUCCGCAAGUUCUACAACAAGAGCGGCGAUGAGGAUGAGCCUGAUAUGAAAUGUGAUGAUAUGAUGACGUGUUAUCUGUUCCACAUGUAUGUGGGCGUUCGCGCCGGCGGCGGUAUCGGUGACGAGAUCGAGGACCCCGCGGGCGACCCGUAUGAGCUCUACCGGAUCCUCUUCGACAUCACCUUCUUCUUCUUCGUCAUUGUGAUCCUGCUGGCCAUCAUUCAAGGUUUGAUCAUCGAUGCGUUUGGAGAGCUGAGAGACCAACAGGAACAAGUCAAAGAAGACAUGGAGACUAAGUGUUUCAUCUGUGGCAUCGGUAAUGACUAUUUCGACACGACUCCUCACGGCUUUGAGACUCACACUUUACAAGAGCACAACCUCGCCAACUACCUGUUUUUCUUGAUGUACCUGAUCAACAAGGAUGAAACGGAGCACACGGGUCAGGAGUCGUACGUGUGGAAGAUGUAUCAGGAGAGAUGCUGGGAUUUCUUUCCCGCCGGCGACUGCUUCCGGAAGCAGUAUGAAGACCAGCUGGGCUAGAUCACACCAGGACCUGCGUUACCUCCAGAAACGGUGCCAAUUCAAUGGAGACUCUUUCUGUCUGGACGUUUGCUUUGGAUUCAAACGUUUGUUUUACUGUUUUUCGGUCAAAAAAAGCUCAACACGUUGCCUUCUUCGACCCCAAAACCAUUGCACAACGUUUUUCCAUCUUUUUUGAGAAACUCUGGGGUUUCCGGACAACGUCUCCACCCGUAUAUGCACAAGAAUCCUACUUCAGCGUUUGGAGAGCAUGAUGCCAAAAGCGCGUUGGACGUUCAUCCUCUGGUCCCCUUUCCUGCUUGCCGAGACGAGACGAUGAGAUGCCUAAUAAAACCUUCGUGAAGUGCCUUACCUCCAUUACAUCUGAGCUAUGCAAGAUGUGCGUUUCCUCCUGAUGUGGGUCAAAGGUCGGCGUGUGGAGGUUUGCGGGCUGCUGUUGUCAUGUUCCCGUCUCCUGAUUCAGAUGGAAAUGCUCUUGUUUGGCUGUUUGUAUGUUGUAGCUUUGCUGAAUUGUGCAUUUCUUUUGAAGGACAAAUAAAGAUAUUGAUGCAAUAAUC